CCUCUCUCUCACUCCACUCUGCUGACACGAGUCGCGCGCCUGAUCGUCGGCGUUUCUUCUCGUUUUGUUGUUGUGGCUGAUCAUAACCUUGCUUGUGGUCUCUUCACUUCGCGUUGACCAAUUCGGCAAUUCAGGAACAUGUGUGGCAUUUGGGCACUGUUUGGCGUGUCCACGGACAGUGUCGAGCACACAGACAGAUCUUUUGCCAAGAUCAAACAUCGAGGCCCUGACGCCUGGAAGAUCCAAUAUGACAACAAAGUCAAGUGUGCCUGUCUCGGCUUCAUGCGUCUCACCAUCAUUGACAAUGUGUAUGGUAUGCAGCCUAUGAUCCUACACAACUACCCCCACCUCACCCUGCUGUGCAACGGGGAGUUGUACAACUACAAGAGGCUGGGUGAACAUUUCAAAUUUGAGUACGAGACUCGCUGUGACGUCGAGUGCAUAACUCAUCUGUUUGCCACUCGAGGUAUCGAGUUUUGUGUGCAGCACUUGGACGGAGUCUUCGGCUUCGUGCUUGUCGACAGCAAAACACAGCGAGUGUACGUCGGCCGUGAUCCCUUUGGAGUCAGGCCUCUUUUUCGCAUCAAAUCAGACGUCGGCAUCGUAGGAUUCUGUUCUGAGGCGAAAGGUUUGAUGAGCCUGUCCAGCAAGAUGAACGGAGGCAAGUGGACGGUAGAACAGUUUCCACCUGGACACUUUGCCGAGUACCAACUGAACAAGGAUGGAACAGCAACCCUACUGAGGGAACAGCGCUACUACAGCCUCGGUGCCGCACCUGCCUUCCAGACACUGGUGCCUUACUCAGAGCUCAGUGAGAUGGACAUUCACGGCAACAUUCGCAAGCUGCUCACAGCCGCAGUACAGAAGAGACUGAUGGCUGAGAGGAGGAUUGGAUGUUUCCUCUCUGGAGGUCUCGACUCUAGUCUCGUGGCUGCCUUGGUUGUUAAACUGGCCAAGGAAGCUAACCUACCAUACAAAAUUCAGACGUUCGCCAUAGGUAUGGGCGAGAGCCCCGACAUCUUGGCCGCACGUAAGGUCGCACAACACAUUGGGUCUGAACACCACGAGAUCUCCUUCUCACCCGAGGACAUAGCUGAGGCCCUCGACCAUGUAAUCUACUCCCUGGAGACCGCGGAUAUCACAACUGUACGAGCAUCUGUCGGCAUGUACCUGAUCUCCCGAUACGUCAAGACACAGACAGACACGACAGUGGUGAUGAGUGGGGAGGGGGCAGACGAGCUGGCGCAAGGAUACAUCUACUUUAGAGACGCGCCCAGUGCUGAGGAGGGACAUCGUGAGAGUCUACGCCUGCUGCAUGACAUACACAAGUAUGACGGAUUGCGAGCUGACCGGACUACCUCAGCACACAGUCUAGAACUGCGAGUCCCGUUCCUAGACCUGCAGUUUACACAGUACUACCUGAGUCUUCCCGGUGAACUGAGACAGCCGCAGAAAGGCGUAGAGAAACAUCUGUUGCGUAGUGCCUUCAACAACACAGGGCUGCUCCCGGACAACAUCCUGUGGAGGCACAAGGAGGCUUUCAGUGAUGGUGUUGCUAGUAUCAAAAAGUCGCUGUUCCAAGUCAUUCAAGAGUUGGUGGAAGAGAAAGUCUCAGAUGAAAGUCUACAGAAGGCCUCAGCCAAAUACCCCCACUGCACACCUAAGACAAAAGAGGCUCUUUAUUACAGGGAAGUGUUUGAGAAGCACUAUGCGGGCCAGAUUGAGUGGCUCAUGCCGUACUUCUGGAUGCCUAAGUGGACGGAUGUCACCGACCCUUCCGCUCGAUUCAUUAAACAUUACGCUGCUGAAGAUAAGGCUUGAUCUGACAAUAAAAUAUUACUUGUUA